AUGCAGUAUGUACAUACAUAUGUGAUUACAGUGAGCUCGGCCGCUGAGGUCUUGGACUUUAAAAGACACGGAGAGUGCACUCUAGUGCUCAUUGUUGGCAGAGUCUUCAUCAUGAAACUGUUGAUAAUAUUAUUUUCGUUACUUGCGGUUUUGGCCACUUCAUUGGCAGCGCCGCAAUAUGGAGGACGCGGCGGCGGCGGAUUCAAUCGAGGUGGAUACCACAAGCCGCAACAAAACUACCACCACAGCCCACAUCACAGUCCACAUCACCACAACCCACAUCAUAAUCAGAAACAUUAUCCACAUCAUCGCCGCUUUUAAUUGCAGCGUGGCCUUGCCUACAUAGUGGACCAAUAUCAAUGCUCAAUAAACGGUAUUA